AUGGCAAUAGUUGUGUGGGAAUCUGGUGUUAAAAUCACGAAGGAUAAAGUAGUCGGUGGUUUACUGAGUGGUGUGGAUUUGAAAAUGAGCUUAGACAACCAGAGCAGGAGCAGGAGCAGGAGCCGAAGCAGGAGCCGGAGCCGGAGCCGGAGCCCAAUGGCUCGAAAGAUGCGUGCUGAACGUUAUUCUUACCGCGAUGCACCAUAUGGACGGGACUCACGUCGGGGUUUCAGUCAGAGUACUCUGUGCAAUAACUGCAAAAGGCCUGGUCAUUUUGCCAGAGAAUGCCCUAAUGUGGCCAUCUGUCACAAUUGUGGUCUUCCUGGGCAUAUUGCCUCAGAAUGCACGACGAAAUCUCUUUGUUGGAACUGUCGAGAACCUGGCCAUAUGGCUGGAAAUUGUCCUAAUGAGGGUAUCUGCCAUACUUGUGGCAAGGCAGGACACCGUGCUAGGGACUGCACUGCUCCACCAUUGCCACCUGGUGAUCUAAGACUCUGCAAUAACUGCUUUAAGCAAGGCCAUAUGGCGGCUGACUGUACAAAUGACAAAGCCUGCAAGAACUGUAGGAAACCAGGUAGGGCAUACGAGCCGGGAUUGUAUCGCCAUGGCUAUAUGUCACAACUGUGGGGGAAGAGGACACAUGGCAUUCGAGUGUCCGUCUGGGAGGUUCAUGGACCGCUUUCCCAGAAGUCGAGUUACCACGAUUAUGCCGAUGCAUUGACGAAAUCAAUUUUAUUCUUCGAGGGGCAGCGAUCGGGUUACUUGCCGGAUGACCAGAGAAUCAAUUGGCGGGGGCAUUCCGGCCUCGGCGAUGGGUGGAUGGUUAAUACGGACUUGACCGGCGGUUAUUACGACGCUGGCGAUAAUGUCAAGUUCAAUUUUCCGAUGGCAUUCACCACCACAAUGUUGGCUUGGAGUGUGAUUGACUUCGGCGAGUAUAUGCCGCCGGCGGAACUGAGGAAUGCGCUGGUUUCAAUCAAAUGGGCUACGGAUUAUCUCCUCAAAACUGUUUCUCAACCCAAUCGGAUUUUCGUCCAGGUGGGGGAUCCAAUUUUAGACCAUAACUGCUGGGAGAGACCAGAAGAUAUGGACACUGCUAGAACAGUGUACACAGUUGAAGCUCCAAAUACGGCUUCUGAUGUCGCUGGGGAGACUGCUGCAGCCCUGGCUGCCGCCUCCAUUGCAUUCCGAUCCUCUUAUCCUGGAUAUUCUGAUACCCUUCUACAAACUGCCACUCGGGUUUUUGAUUUUGCAGAUAGUUAUCGAGGGGCUUAUAGCGAUAACUCAAAUAUUAGGAAUGCUGUAUGCCCGUUUUACUGUGAUUUUGAUGGAUACCAGGAUGAAUUGCUGUGGGGAGCAGCGUGGUUAAGAAGAGCUUCUCAAGGUGAUUCUUACCUCAAUUACAUACAAACCAAUGUCAAAACAUUAGGUGCAGAUGACAAUAUUAAUGAAUUCGGAUGGGACAACAAGCAUGCCGGUCUAAACGUCCUCGUAUCUAAGGAAGUCUUGGAAGGGAACAUGUACUCUCUGGAGACAUACAAAGCAUCAGCAGAUAGCUUCAUGUGCACUCUUAUUCCCGAGUCUUCAUCUUACCACAUAGAGUUCUCUCCGGGAGGUCUCAUUUACAGGCCCGGUGGAAGCAACCUACAACACGCCACUACCAUCUCGUUCCUCUUGCUUGUUUACGCCAAUUAUUUGGAGAGAUCAUAUCAGACUGUGAAUUGCGGCAGUGUUAGCAUUAGUCCAACAACGCUUCGACAUAUAGCCAAGCGGCAAGUUGAUUACAUUCUAGGGGAUAAUCCUAAAGGAAUGUCAUAUAUGGUUGGAUAUAGUAAUUACUAUCCAGCGAGGAUUCACCAUCGUGGUUCAUCGCUUCCGUCCAUCAAAGAUCAUUCCCAAAUCAUUGCAUGCAAGGAGGGUUCGAUCUAUUUUAACUCGUCGAGCCCUAAUCCGAAUCUGUUAGUUGGGGCUCUAGUCGGAGGUCCCGGAGAAGAUGAUGCCUAUGAAGAUGAUAGAGCCGACUUUCGCAAAUCUGAGCCCACAACUUACAUCAAUGCACCAUUUGUUGGUGUACUUGCAUAUUUUGUGGGGAACCCCAACUUCUAG